AUGAUGUCUUAUGGUGAAAGGCCAAGACUGCUUGUGGUGGCUAACCGGCUUCCGGUUUCUUCAAAGAAAACUGGGGAAAACUCUUGGUUUAUGGAAAUGAGUCCUGGUGGUAAAUUUAAUCUUCUAGGUGGUGUGACAGAUCAAUAUGAUACCAAAUGGAUUGGAUGGCCUGGAUUUGAUGUUUAUAAUGAAGUUGAAAAAACUGCACUCUCUAAAGCUCUAGCAGAAAUGAAUUGUAUCCCUGUGUUCCUUAAUGAGGUUUUUGAUCAAUAUUACAAUGGUUAUAGCAACGGUAUUUUAUGGCCAAUUCUUCAUCACAUGGGACUUCCACAAGAAUAUCAUCAUGACGCAAGCAAGACGUUCCAAACACAAUAUGAUGCGUACAAGAAAGCAAAUCGAAUGUUUCUUGAUGUCGUAAUAGAGAACUAUGAAGAAGGAGAUACUAUUUGGUGCCAAGAUUAUCAUCUCAUGUUUCUUCCUCAAUACCUUAAAGAAUACAACAACAAAAUCAAAGUUGGAUGGUUUCUCCAUUCACCAUUUCCUUCUUCAGAGGUCUACAAAACAUUGCCCUCACGAUCAGAGCUUCUUCAUUCGGUUCUUAGAGCUGAUUUACUUGGUUUCCAUACGUACGAUUUUGCAAGACAUUUCGUGAGUACAUGCACUCAAAUUAUUGGCGUUGAGGGUACGCAUGAAGGGGUUAUGGAUCAAGGCAGACUCACUCGUGUAGUUGUUCUUCCCAUGGGAAUAGAUCCAGAUCGGUUUAUAAGCACAUGUAAGCUCCCUGAAGUCAUAGAACAAAUGAAUGAGCUUAAAGAGAAAUUUUCUGGCAAAAAGGUGAUAUUAGGUGUUGAUCGUCUUGAUAUGAUCAAAGGGAUUCCACAGAAGUAUCUUGGAUUUGAGAAAUUUCUUGAAGAAAAUCCAGAUUGGCGCGAUAAAGUUGUCCUGGUGCAAAUUGCAGUGCCAACAAGAAAUGCUGUCCCUGAAUAUCAAAAGGUGAAAGACCAAGUUCAUGGACUCGUUGGACGCAUUAAUGGUCGUUUUGGUUCUGUCUCUUCUCUACCAGUUCAUCACAUGGAUUGUUCUGUUCCCUCCAAUUACUUAUGUGCACUUUACGCGACUGCAGAUGUAUUGCUUGUAACAUCUUUGAGAGAUGGAUUGAAUCUCGUUAGUCAUGAAUUUGUUGCUUGCCAAGAGGGUAAAAGAGGGGUCCUUGUUCUCAGUGAGUUUGCAGGUGCUGGACAGUCACUUGGUGCUGGAGCUAUUCUUGUGAAUCCUUGGAAUGUUACAGAAGUUUCUUCUGCCAUUAAAGAAGCUCUAACUAUGCCAGCUGAAGAAAGGGAAGAAAAACACAGAGUUAAUUUUCAGUAUGUGAUAACUCAUUCUGCUGAAAAAUGGGGAGGUGAUUUCUUGAGUGAACUCAACGAAGCUUUUGCUGAAUCCGAGAUGAAAAUUAGGAGUAUCCCACAUGAACUUCCACAACAAGAUAUGAUACAACGAUACUAUCAGUCUAACCAUAGAUUGAUAGUCUUGGGUUUCUGUGGAACACUCACUGAGCCAAUGAAUAGUCGAAUUAAGGAAAUGGAUUUUAAACUAAACCCGGAGCUGAAAGGAACACUGAAAGCAUUGUGCAAUGAUCCAAAAACAACAGUACUUAUAUUGAGUAGAGGUGGCAGAAACAUAUUAGAUAAGGUCUUUGGAGAGUAUAAGAUAUGGCUGGCUGCAGAAAAUGGAAUGUUCUUGAGGGAUCCCACUGGAGAAUGGGUGACAAAUAUGCCUGAAAACAUGAACCUGGACUGGGUCGAUGGUGUAAAGAAUGUUUUUAAGUACUUCACUGAUCGAACUCCAAGAUCCUUCUUCGAAGCAAGCGAGACUUCUCUAAUAUGGAGUCACGAAUAUGCAGAAGAUAAAUUUGGGAAAACACAAGCAAGAGACAUGCUACAGCACUUACGGGCAGGACCAAUCUCUAAUGCAUCAGUUGAUGUUGUUCGAGGAAACCAUUCUAUUGAAGUCCAGGCAAUGAGUGAGACUAAGGGAGCAGCAAUUGGUCGUAUUUUGGGAGAAAUGAUGAAUAAAAUAUCAAUGACCACACCGAUCGAUUACGUCCUUUGCAGUGGUUACUUGUUGGAGAAGGACGAAGAUAUUUACACUUUCUUCGAAUCAGAAAUCGUGCCGUCCAAGUCAUUUCACUCCAUAAAGAAGAAGCAGAUUUCACAAAAUGUUCUUGACCUCAAAAAGGAGAAUUACUUCCCUGUGGCCAUCGGACAAGGUCGCACAAAAGCUCGCUAUGUCACUGACUCAUCUCAAGAUGUUGUGGAUUUGCUCCACAAGCUUGCAGCCGCAGAUACAACAACAAUGGCUAACACAUUUUCUGAUAGCGAAUUACAUCAGCCUCGCAGUGGAAACACUCCAGACGGGAAGGACCAGCGAGAGCCAAGAGGCCAAACUCUAAGAUGUUGACUUAAUCGUUUCGUCCAAGUCUUUUGUUUAAUUUUUUUUUUUUUUUUGCAUAAUAAGAGGAGUCCACAGCUCUGAAAUGUAGGAGCUU